UUAACAUUUCGUCCUAUUUUCCAAUAUUUUAAAAGAUUCUUCUUAUAAACAUGAGAGGGAUUCGCUUCGAAAUAAUUGUACUUAAUUUAGAAAGACUGACAAUGUAAUAGUGUUGAUGUGUCCAGUGGCCGCCUUGUUUCUUGUUUUUCCACUGCAUACUUUCAUUACCUACUUUAUAAUAAACAAAAAGCCAAUAUGCAUGAAUUAUUGAAGCACGUACUGAACGAAAGGGAUUUAACUCGAGCUGGUGAUAUAUUCAGUAUUCCGGAUUGCGAUAUUGUUGACGAUCUUAACGAUGUUCUACAACAGAUAACAGACAUAUCUUCUAGAGCUGACUACAUCCGGAAUGACCAUGACCAAGCCCUCAUUGAGAUAUGUGUGACGAAAGUAACAUCAUGUAUAAAAGAAACUGGCACUUUAGAGAAGUACUGUGGCGCUCUAGUAGCGUUACUAGAGUCAUGCCUGCACCACAAUCUAAUGCCAGUUGGUCAUUUGAAAGAUGAUGAUCCACCCCAUGCUAAAAUAGCCUCAGAUGUGAUUGCUUGUAUUGUUCUGGUAUCAUUCCCUUUACAAUCUGAUAAAGAGAUGACAAGCAAUGCUGAGGUAAUGGAGCUAUUUUUGCCAGUUGCUGUCCAAUUUUUACACAAAGGAAACAGAGAGAUAUCCAGACACAUGGCUAGAUAUCUCUCUCUUGCGGCUGUCCAUCAUGCAGUGCUGCUAAAACCACAUGUUCAGACUAUAAUGGAUUCCAUUAUGUCAGGGAACUACCCUCUCUGCCGGAUACUGACUAACUUAUACGAGGUGUGCCCUGAGCCUCUAGAAGGUCAUGUGACAGCUUUAGUGUCGCUCCUGCCACAUGCAGAACCUGUAGAGAAGAGCUCGCUGUUUGCCCUGUUUGAACAGAUUGCGAACAGACGACCCGAAGCGCUCAAAACAGCGAUCCCACAACUACUGUCAUACCUUUGUUCUGGGACAAAAGACCCCAGCUGUAUGUGUGUGGAGGUGUUACAGGUGAUAGAUAGCGUGGCUCGGCGUCGCGCGUCGCUAGUUGGCGCGGAGGGCGGGGCGGCGGUGCGGCGCGCGGCUCGCCCCCCGCACGCCUCGCCCCGCGUCGCCGCCCUCGCCGCUGACGUGCUCGCGCGACUCAACGCGGCGCACCAGGAGCGAGCACAAGAGGCUCUUAACUUCGUAGUCGAGCGGCUGGCGACAGCUGACUGGCUGGAGCAGUCCGCGCUACUGCGGGAGGCGACAGCGCUGUGCAGCGCUUACCCCGCGCUGUUCACCGACAAGCUGCUUGCUGCGCUACGUGCUAAUAACAACCUUCGUCCGAAGUCAGUUCACGGCGAAGUGAAAAGCACUUCGGGGGGCGUGACGAUAGUGAAGCUCGGCGGCAGCACGACCGUCACUAGCGGGACCACCGUGACGACCGUCACGUCAGCCGUCACGUCGACCGUCACGCCGGCGCUGACGUCUGUCACGUCAACGGGCUACACUAGGCGCGCUAAACUCGGCGAUUCCCGCUCUACGGGGAGAUUGCACCCCGGACCAAACUCGCAUAGGAGCAUGACGAGACUUAAUGUUGCUGGAGGUUCCGUGGGAGGCCUGCACAAAAGCAUGACACGACUAUCAUCCUCACAACAGAUCAAUGCACAGCAACCUGUCACCACACCACAGAUAGGUAAGACGGUGACGAAGGCAGGUAGCGGCAGUAGCGCUGUCACCGUCACAACUCUGUCGCCGCCGCUCGCGCCGCGGGCGAACAAACACCAUCAUAACAUCGUUAUUGGAGCGAACUCAGGACCAACUAUAAUCUCCGGGCCGUCGCCGCUUCAAUCCCAGUCGAUAUCAGUCAACCCGCUAAUGGGUAAAUCCAGUGACGCGCUCGUCCCCACAUCCGUCACUGUUCAUUCGAACACGGCGUUAGGACAAGUUUCAGUCGUCACGUCAGUCCCGUCGCACACCGUCACGUCGGGCCCUGUGACGGUCACGUCACGCCGUGCCAACAACACCAGCGUGACGAUGAUCAAUACAAACAACACGUCGAACCACCGAAUAAGCGUGUUCGAGCCGUACCCGAUGAGAGACACUGUACAACACUUCUGCGAGAAACACUUGGAUAAGAUCAAAGCGUAUAUGGAUAAUGUAUCUAUGACUAUACCGCCGCCGGCUAAAUGCACUAUUGAGGAGCGUCGGUCCAAGAAGCAGGCGCGUCUACAGUUCGCGUGCGGUCGUCGCGGGCCGCACUGUCUGUACGCCCGCGCGGCGUUCUCGCUGCGGACGCGCGCGCCUAGAGUGUGGAUACACCUCAUGUUCCUGGCACUACAGGCAAGACAUACCGCUGCACUGUCUAGCCGAGACCCGACUGUAGCCAGCCUCAAGCACUGCUGGGAUAUACUGAAGUGUGAGAACAAGACGUUCCUCACACUUGUUACGGGAGCCUUCCCUGGUCCUAAAGAGCAAGAGAUGGUAGUUAACGAGCUACGUUCGGCUGGUUUUUUCGACGUAUUCGAAGUAGCUGCUCGGGGCGCUUGGGGCUGUUUUCUAUGUCAACACCCGGAAAGAGCGCGUGGGUUCCUAGCGGCUGACGGCCAGCCGGUCAUAGAGGGACAACUGAAGGAGAAGAAAGGAAGAUGGCGCCUCUUUAGAAGAUGGCGGACCAGAUAUUUCACGCUGUCCGGUGCGCACCUGUCUUGCAAGGGAGCGAGUGGAGGCGAGAGUAUAGACAUCAACCAGAUCCGCUCGGUAAAAGUAUCGCGAGGCGCGCGCAACAUACCUAAAGCGUUUGAGAUAUUCACCGGAGACCAGACCCUCAUACUCAAGCCCAAAGACGGUAAAAACGCGGAAGAAUGGGUGCAGUGUCUGAGCAUUGCCGUAGCUCACUCCCAAGCGAGAGAUACACCGGCUAAAGCCAACAGCUUACCUGCCAGGGGACUGACGCUCAAAAGUUUCUAAGGUAACAAGUAUCAGAUAUUUUACACCAAUAAAAUCUCUGAAAUAACCGUUGAACAUCUUUCAACUAAACCAAUAAAGGGACUGAUCAUAAAGUUAAUAUACCUAGCGGAAUAGAGAAACAAAGGCC